CUGCGGGCAGCAACUUUGACGAAAUUGGUAUUCUCUGCUAACACUGUAUUUAUCUCCUAUUAUAUCCUCGUAGGACUUACGCAAACGCCAUUUGGUAAGAAAUCGGACGCUUCGGAUUCUGCAAGCGAAAUCGUGAAAAGAGAGGUCGCCGAGGCACGGGGACCUCGGCGAACAGACGCUUACUGCGUAAGUCCUAUCCUCGGUUAGAAGUAUUCGAUCUUACCCAAAAUUAGUAUAACUGCAGCGUUGGGCUGCUAACUCUGUCAGAAACGUUGCGACUGAUUUUCGCUUCGCUUUCUUGGCAUAAUCAAGCGGGGUCUGUCCGGCAUUAUCACGUGCGUUU